ACGGAGACCUUGUAGGGUCCUCACACAAGGGGCAGGUAGGUCACGUCUCCCGGCACUGCAUGCUCACCCUCCACUCAGCCCCUCGGCACAGCUGUUCCCUGGGCCGCCCUGCAGAGCUGGUGUGGUCAUUUUCCCUGUUCCAGAGGUGGCGAACUAGACUCAGCAAGGCGAACAACUUGUUCAGGGCCACAAACCCCACCAGCAGGCAGGACUCUGCCCAGGCAGCCAGUUCCAGAGCCCCAGGGGCCUCCACCUGCCUCAUGAAGGUUCCCUACCCCAGGAAGGGUCCUGGGUGGCACUGAGGAAGUGUGUCAGGACCAGAGAGGGACUCUGGAUGGAAGAGGGGGUCUAUCAAUGAGCCAUGUCCCUGCAGCAAGGGCCAGCUGUGCCCACCAACAGUAGGGCCAGUCAACCUGCCGCACACCUUUUAGCCCCAUGCUGACAGCUCACAAAAAAGGCUCUGGCUACCACACUGGCCUUGCAGGUGACAGGCAGACUUGGGGAGGGGUUGGGCAGCCGACAUGGACAAAAUCCCUGUGUCUCACCUGCUGGCUGAUUGAGCAAAGGAGUGGGGGGGAAGCCUCCGCCUACACCACCUCCCCACCUGCCAGGCCUCCUGCUGGGCCCUGUUCAUGGCAAUGCACGUGAUCUUCCCACAGAGGUCAGCAGGUCGUCCGCAUCCCAUUUUACAGAGGAGGAAAGGGAGGCACCAAGAGGGCAGGUAAAGCACAGAAGGAAGGAGCGGACAGCCAGCGGAGACGUCAGAUUGGCAGGCAGACAACACCAAGUGCCGUUGCGGGCGUGGGAGCCCCGGAACUCCUGUGCUCUCCAGCGGGGGCGCAGCCUGGCACAGUCUCUGGCAGAUGGUUGGGCAUCUUCUGAAGCUGAGCAUUUGCCUCCCCCAUGUCCCGGCAGUUCUACUGCUCAUAUUCUCAAAAGAAUUCACGGAAUAUGUGUGCCAGGGGCUGAAAGCACUACAGGCUUACCUUGGAGAUGUCAUGGAUUCAGUUCCAAACCACCACAAUAAAGCAAAUACCACAAUAAAGCGAGUUAAAUGAAUUUUUUGGUUUCCCAGCACACACAAAAUUAUGUUUACACUAUAGUCUAUUAAGUGUGCAAUAGCGUGACAUCUAAAACAAGUACAUACCUUCAUUAAAAAAUACUGUAUUGCUAAAAAAGCUAACCAUCAUCUAAGCUUUCAGCAAGUUGUAAUCACUGACCACAGAUCACCAUAACGAAUGUAACAAUGAAAAAGCUUGAAGUAUCGCGAGAACUAGUAAAAGGUGACACCACUUGAAAUGAGCAAACAUUGUGGGGGAAAAUGGUGCCACCAGACUUGCUCCUCAAAAGGAGGCCACAAACCUUCAGUGUGUAAAACACACAGUAUCUUUGAAGUGCAGUAUAACGAGGUGUGCCUGUAUUUGUAUCAGCCCCAAACUGAAUAUGACCCAAGUGCCAUCCACAGUAGGAAGGAUGAGUAAAACUGAUGUAGUCAUACGAAAAUGCCACACAGCAGGGAGAAUGAACCACAGCCACACCCGGCCACCUGGAUGAAUCUCGCAAACCACCUGAUGAUGGGGGACAGAGCAGACGCGAACGCGUUGCAGGUACACGACCAAGCACAGCUCGUCCAGGGAGCCCUUGAAUGGUGCAUGGCUAGUGACCGGGAGGGCUGCAGGGGCCCUCUGGGGGACUGGCAGCGGUUCGCCUCCUGACCUAGGUGUGGUUAUACAGGUGUGGUCGUUCUGUGAAAGUUCAGGACACUGAUGGUGUGUGCAGUUUCCUUUAUGUACUUUGUGCUUUGAGCCAAAGCUUUACAGAUGGAGAAGGAAAAAAUGAAGGAACAAGCGAAGGGCAGCCCAUGCGUGCUUUUAGGGCACGGGGGCUUGGUGGGUGGGGGCGUCAAGUCCUCCCCUUGUCACUGGGUUGGCAAUCACCUGUGCUUUCCUCUCCUUGCUUGUGCCCACAGGCGAGACGGCCUCCAGCUCCAUGCAUUCCUCCCGCUACCCAAGCCCGGCCGAGCUGGACGCCUACGCCGAGAAGGUGGCCGACAGCCCGCUCUCCAUCAAGAUCUUCCCCACCAACAUCCGAGUGCCCCAGCACAAGCACCUCAGCCGCACCGUCAACGGCUAUGACACCAGCGGCCAGCGCUACAGCCCCUACCCGCAGCACGCCGCCGGCUACCAGGGCCUGUUGGCCAUCGUCAAGGCUGCCGUCUCCUCCUCCAGUGUGGCCACGCCCGCCGGGCCCACCAAGAGUGUGCUCAAGAGUGCCGAUGGCAAGCGGACCAAGCUGUCCCCGGCCACCGUGCAGGUGGGCAUCGCACCCUACCCGGCGCCCAGCACUCUGGGGCCCUUGGCCUACCCCAAGCAACCCGAGGCGCCAGCCCCACCACCCGGCCUGCCCAUGGCUGCCGCCACUGCCGCCUCUGUCAUCCCCCUGCCGGGCCGCGGCCUGCCCCUGCCACCUUCCAACCUGCCCUCCAUCCACAGCAUCCUCUAUCAGCUCAACCAGCAGUGCCAGGCCCCAGGUGCCGUGCCCACCGCCUGCCAGGGCGUGGCUGUGCCCCACCCCAGCCCGGCCAAGCACGGCCCUGUGCCCAGCUUCCCCAGCAUGGCCUACUCCGCUGCAGCCGGCCUGCCUGACUGCCGAAAAGGCACUGAGCUGGGCCAGGGAACCGCAGCAGCCUUGACGUUGGCUGGGGCCACUAGGCCUGCAGGGUAUGUGGACAGCGGCCUGGAUUACCUGCUAUGGCCACAGAAGCCACCCCCACCACCACCGCAGCCACUGCGGGCCUAUAGCGGGGGCACAGUAGCCAGCAAGUCCCCCGAGGCUUGCGGGGGGCGGGUGUAUGAGCGGGCCAGCGGGUCGCCCCUCAACUGCAGCAUGGGCCUGCCCACCAGCUUCACUGUGGGUCAGUACUUUGCUGCCCCCUGGAACAGCGUGCUGGUGACCCCCACCAGUGACUGCUACAACCCGGCCACGGUGGCAGUCACUGAGCUGGGGCCUGCAGCGGCCCGGGAGCUGGCAGGGCCGCCUGCAGAGGCGCUCUCAGGCCUGCCCAGCAAGAGUGUGUGCAACACAGCGGUGCUGAGCAGCAGCCUGCAGUCGCUGGAGUAUCUCAUCAAUGACAUCCGACCGCCCUGCAUCAAGGAGCAGAUGCUGGGCAAGGGCUACGAGACCGUGGCUGUGCCCCGGCUGCUCGACCACCAGCAUGCCCACAUCCGCCUGCCUGUCUACAGAUAAGGCCUGCCGGGCAGCCGCAUGGACAGACCAGGGUGUCUGGGGGGAGGCAGGCCAGAGAACAGGGUGGGUGGCAUGCAGGUGCCCGAGUGCCUGCUGGUGCCCACAGGGAAGCCAGGCUGGCUGCUGCCAUGCGGCUACCUUAGGGGGAGUGGCAGGGUGACCUCAUUCACCGAAGCUCACCCCCGGCUGCCCCAGGUUAUGGGGAGGGCCCAGGGCAGCUGCUGAUGUCCACACCUUCCUUCAUCCGUGCUGGCAGAGACAGGGAGAAAGAAACCACUUCUAAGUAGGAAUGGCUCUUUCUGGCUCUCUCAGGAGAGGGGCUCGGGCCAGGGUGGGAUACAGGAGGAAGUGUGAUGGUGUAGAGUCAGGUGGGCUAAGAGCAAGCCCCAGGGGUCAAGCAGCUCCCAGCCUCCUGGAGAAGGGGCCUGUACGAAGUCACAGGGCCCACAGCGUCCCCCAGGUGAGGACCACUAGCAGAGGCUCCCCCGACUACAGUCCCCCUGCCCCUCCCCUAGACUCUCCUUCCCCUCCACUCAGUCCUUCCCAGCACAGAAUUGUACUCCCACCCCCAUGCUCCAAACCGUGGACUACCGUAUUCCCCUUCCCUCCAGUACAUCUUACAGGGCUGCUGGGCACAGUUGUAUGGGCUGUGCACUGCACAAAGGCACCUUGUCCAAGGAGACACCACUUGCAUCCUAGACUUGUAUAUUUAUUAAUGCAAUUUUCUGAAUCUUGAGGAAGGGGUGCCAUUUUCCUAUUCGCACAAAGGCAGCACGGGCUAACGAUUGGCCUGUCAUAUUAGACACCAGUCAGAGGCACCCUACGCUGCCUUCUCCAGGGGCUCCUCUAGGAGUCAGAAGGGAGGCAACCCACUGGUUUUAACUGGGGACCCAAUCCAUCUCCUUCCUGCAAGCCACCCUCCAUUGCCUGCCCCACACCAAUGUGGUGAGGCAGGCAGGGGUCUCCCCAUUAAGUCCCCAAGGCCCCAGUUCCCCAAGUCCUGGCCCCUCUGGCACUCCGGAAGUGGUACUGUAUCUCUCUCCAAGGCCUGUUCAAGCACUAAGUGCAUUUACAAAUCUCUGAGAAUGUUUUUUUUUUUAUACUAAAAUUGACCAUUAUAUUCUACUGUGAGAAGUGCAGUCUGCACUUAUAUUGUUUUAAAAACGAAGAGAAAGAAAAAAAAAGGACAACACAGAUGGUGUCUCAGCUGUGGGCUUGCUUUGUAGCUCUUGUUUCUGUUCUUUCUUCCUCUCUUAGGAGUGAAGGGCCGUUCUCCCCAGCUGGCCAGGCUUGGGCCCUGAGGAGAAAGGCCGGGAGCCUCUGGCACCUGCUGGGCGGGGCCCCUCUGCACUCCGUGUGCCACUUACUCUUCCAGCCCUUUCCACGUGGACAUUGUCAUUCGCUCAGUGUACAUGGUAUCACGCAGGCUGAUCGCCACUGGGUCCCGGCCAGGGAUCAAGGCCGUAGGACGGCUGAGAUGGAACUGAGCCUGGGCCCCUCUGGCUUGUCCCCUGCAAGGUACUGAGAGGGUCUGGGGGUGGUGCCCCACCUGCCUCACUAAAUUCCUUCCCAGCUCUCCCUCUGUCUACACACUCUAGGCUUCCCGGGGGGCCGUGUGGCUCGGCAGUGGCCAUCUCUGGCCAGCCCAGCACGCAGCCAUCGCACGUCCUGGUGCCUGUGGGUUCGCAGGAGAGCACCCAGCCCCAGGAUGCUCAGCAUUUAGCAGGUGCCCACUGUGCACUGGGCAUUUUCAUAUUCGCUGUAUCUCUCUGGAACUUGCCAUACCCUUGCAGGGUCAGAAGUGUCUGAGAGGAAGAUGCUCAGAGAUGUGAAGUGCCUUGCUCCAAGGGCACAUAACAAGUCUGGAAAGUGGGGGUUUGAACCCCACAGCAAGGACUCCUCAGAUCCCGUGCCCACUUCUACUUUGGCCUGCCAUCCUGACAUCUGGGCUGUGGGCACCUGGGGGGCCCCCAGGUUGAUGCAGGCCUUCUGUCCCAUGCAUGGUGCCAGGGCAGGACCCAGGCCCUUCUGAACUGGGUCAGUGAACCACCCCUGGGCAGCGGGAGCGGGGUUCUGCUGCGUGACACACUGGGGACGUCAGCGCCGUGUGGAGGGCCCCUGGGAGUAAUCAUAAACGGGAGGUAAAGGGCAGUUGGCAAAGUGUUUUUCUGACCUCAUGUAAUUGAAUCUCACAACAAUUCCAUCAGAAAUGUAAUAAAAUCAUUCCCAUUUUACAUACAAGGACACAGAGAAUCUGCGAAAAGGCCACCAGGAUGGUAAGAGGGAGCCGGGUUCUGGCAUCAGGCUCCUUGCAUUGUGGGUCAGGCUGCCUCCAGACCUCCCCCCGAGCCUCCAGCCUCACCCACAGCUGAGUGGGCCUGGGGGAUAUCACAGCACCCAGAGAGGCCCCUGGAGGCGGGCACGCCUCUGCAGUGAGCUAGAGGCUGAUUCCUAUCCUGGCAUUGCUACUUUGAUGCUAACCAGUCUGUCCCCAACCAGAACCAGAGACAGAAUUCAGGGAGAUGGAAGCCCAGUGUGGGUACCUGCGGGAGGGGCAGGGCAGAACAGCGGGGUCUAGGGCCAGGUUUACAGCUGAGCUGGAGCCUGGGGCUCCGCUGUCCACCUCAGCACUGUGUGGUCUGUGGGUGUCCAGGCCAACACCACCCUCACCCCUGCCCGGGGCAUCAGGAGGGGAAGGAAGUAAGACUGGAGCCACUCACAUUUGGAGAUCCAGGCUAGGACCUGCCUCCUGCCCUGGGUAAACCUCAUCCUCUGCAGGGCAGGUCUGCAUGCAGGGCAGGUAAAGACAUAUGGCACAGGUAGUCUGUGCAUGCGGCCCCCGAGUCCCGCUGGGGUUCCAGCUCUCGCCUAGCCCCAGCUCCCUGGGAGCUCAACUAGCUGGUCUUAACGGGCCCUCCAGCAUCCCCGUCCUGGCCUGAGGCACCCCUGCCUUUCCGUAUUCCCUUCUGAUUACCGCAGGCAGCUGGUCACCAGGUGCGGUCUGUGUAGUCCUCAUAACCACAGGGCACGUUCCCAUGCCACAGAUGAGGCUAGAGCGGCCCAGGGAAGGGCAGUCACUGCCCAGCCAUACAGCUGAGGACAGAAGGGAGAAGCAGCUGGGACAGAACACAGGCCUGUCGGAUUCAGUCCAGGCUCUGACUUGCUGCAGUAUGCAGAGAACAGGAAACUACCACAGCCCCCAAACGUGGGGAUCUGGCUCCAGAACCUAGGUCCAGCCUUGGUUCCCUGGCUGCUGGGCCUUAACUGGGGGGUGAAGAAGGUCACCCCAUCUAGGCCCUGUCCCCCACGAGAGCUGCAGUCCUGUGUCCCUUAAGUCUCUCGUUGGGACACUGGGAUCCUCCUCUCCAUGUGGUUCUCUUGGGCUCACACUGCUUGGAGCUAAGCUGUCCAGCUGGAAAGAGGGUUUGAACCCCACAGCAUGGACUCCUCCUCGCGUCCUGUGUCUGGCACAUAACCCCGACUACUAUUACCUCUUACCGUCAUAACAACCAUUAGAAGACCACCCGGCUUACAGAGAUGGCAGAGCUGCCCCAGAGGGGAGAGACCAGUCCAGGGGAUGCUCACCUUUCCAGGGUGCCUCGUGCCGUCCUGACCCUUAUCCCAGCCUUUAGGGCACUGCCCGACUUCUGAGGAGGGGAAACAGACAAGUUCCACCCCUGACUUGCCUACAAGCAGCGACGUCAAACCAGCGCUGCUCCCAGCUGGCGCCUGGACACUCGGACCCGUGCCCACCUGGCUCCUUGUGCACCUGGCUCCACCGCGCCGCACUGCGCCUGCGCAUCCCGCACACCUGGCGCUCUUAAAGAGCCUUUGCUGUCCCCCCACCAGUGUCUCCUUUGUGCUGGCCGGGAAGGCGGGGCCUGACCCUCUGGGUGGGCAAGCCAGGUGGAUGAAAAUUUUCUGUGUAAAUCGCCACCAUCAGCAACUCGCUAGAGAGUUACAGGGGAAGGCAAAGAGGCAGGAAACUGACCUCAGUAUCCCAUUCACUUCAUAGGUGACCCUGGGGCACUUGCUUGGGUAACCUCGCUGGGCCUCAAGUCCAGAUCUGUCCAAGGACGUGUUAGCACCCGAGGGACUGGGAUGGCACCAGGUCGUGUGAGAUAAGGACAAGAGGACUAAUUAGUUUUGUGAGAGGGACCCCACCUCCGAGGGCAGUGGGCCUGUUGUUUUGAGGGUCAGCUAUGGUUGCAGCCCUGAUGCUGCCCCUCCCGAGCAUGUGGCCCUUGACAAACGAUCACCCCUCUCUGAGCCAUCUGCUUUGCAAUGUCAAGUGAGACUAAUAUAAAACGUGUGCCAUGUGGGGUUGACCAAGGAGCCGGGCAGGUGGUCAGCCCCCCGAGGUAGCACAGAGCCUGUUCCAUUCAUGUCUGAAAGGUGUGUGAUCUCUGUCAACACCUAGUCCAGCUGAUUUUUCACCUUGGAAAGUAGGUUUCCAGGUUGAGAGUUUGAGAAGCAGGUGUGUAUCCCCUCGUUGUGCCGCAGUUGGGGAAACUAAGUCCCUUCUCCUCUCUGUUUCCCCAGCUGCAGCACAAAGAUGCCUCAUGAAUCCGCGGUAGAGCAAGGACCGGAGUCCAGGCCUGACCCGAGGGGGUGGGCCUCAACUCUGGGCCACCACAUCCCAACUGGUCUCUUGGUCCACCUUGUGGAGCAAGACCCAAAGGAGAGGGGAGACCCCCCAGGGAGAGAGAGGAAGCCCCCAUUUGAGAAGUGGGGAUGAGUACCCCUAUUUUGAAAAUGUGAAAAGUGGGGUUCAGAGGAGAGCAACUUGCCUGAGGGCACACAGCAACUAGGUCCUACACUCCAGAGGCAGAUGUAGGCCAUCUUCUCUCCCUGUGGGGUGUGGGGGUGUUUCCUGAGUCUUACAGUCUCAGGGUACAUCUAAUGGGGAGCUCUCUGCUAGGGGCUCUUCCGGAUCGAGUCCCUGGUUCCAAGUUUCCCUCUGGCCUCUUCGGAGGAGGCCCCUGGGUGUGAAUGCAGCGGCCCCUGCUGGCCAACCUCCAGGAGCAGCGCCCCACCCCUUGCAGGCCAAAGGCAGAUCAGCGAAAUGCAGCAGAUGCAUCUAAAACUGCGGUGGACUAAGAGUAAUGGGGGGCUCUGUGCUGUCACUGAGCCCCUUGGGAUGCUGAGAGGACUGAGUCAGGAUCUGGGGACCUGGGUCCAAGUCUCACCUCCACCCAACCUCUCCUGUCCUCAUCUGUUAGAGGUCAUUAUUACAUCUGUUGUAGAAAAACAGAAUAUGUGCAUGUGUUGGAAAGGCCAAAACACCGAGUAAAAAAAGGAUAUUCUGCCACCCAUCCCCCUAGAAGAUUUCUCUUCCUAAGUGAGUGUUCAGAUCCUCAUUCCACCACAUGCAGGCUGUGUGUCCUUAGGCAAGUGUGUUUACUUCACUAGGUCUCGCUUUCUUCAUCUAUAAAAUAGGGAUAAAAAUGCAUUCUUGUAUCUGCAUGAUUUCGGCAGAGUAAUAAACCCUGCCUCACUGGCUUAAAUGAGAAAGAAACAUUAUGAUCUCCUAAGGUAGGGUAGCCCAAGGGUGAGUUAACUCAGCAGCAGGACAGUAUCAUCAAGGAUCCAUGUCCUUUUUACCUUUCUGUUCCAUCAAGCCCCUUCGCGGUCACAAAAUGGCUACUGCAGUACCAGGCAUCACAUCCAGACCUGGCAGUGCCUAGCAAAGGAGAAGAUGGCGCCUAUAUUUGUCUUAUUUUCCCAGAACUCCCCCUCCUUCAGCAGACUUCCCCUCUUGUCUCAUGGGUCAGAACUGGCUCACAUGGCUGUUCCUGUACCAAUGCCUUGUAAAGGAAGUAGAGCCACAGUGCUUGGCUCAGGGAAGCCCAGAACUGUGGAGCUGAGUGGAGAACCCUAAAUAAAAUGAGGUGCUGUGAAUAAAGAGGAAGGGCCAGGACUUCUGGGGAGGCACUGAUACCGGUCCAUGAACUCUGCACGUGGGUCCUGUGAUGAGAAUGCCAAGCGCUGAGCAUGGUGCCUAAGCCUUCUCUCUGGUCAUUUGCUUCCUCCUUUUCGUGAUUCUCUACAAACAGCCCACACAGCCCGCUUGGCCUCUCCUGACCAGCCUCCCACUCCCCGCCCUCGGGGCGUAGGUCCCUGUUGCCCAGUGUCCCUCUACCCUGUCUUCUGGUUCCACAACUGCCUCUCUUGUUUGCAUCUCAAAAGCUCAGGAUGAACAAAGAUCUCCCCAUUGUCCUGGAUGACUUUCGUUUCCUAAAAAAUAAGAGGUAGGGGGUGCUUAAUUCUCAUGCAAAUGCUUUUGCCAGAGAAUAAAAAAUUAAUAACAGCA